UGACAACAGUUUCUUCUAUAUUAGUAUCAAACUUAUUAAGAAGACAUAACAAAAAAAACUGCACUGAAUUACAAGAUCUUCAUUCCCCUAUUCCUACUUAGAACCUUUCCUCUGUUCUUGUAGUAGCCAAAUCCUAGUGAAAGUGAAACAAAAAAAAACACUCUCAUGGGUUCAACUUCUCCACCUUCAUUGAAUGGCAAUGGCCAAGAAGAUAAGCCUCUUCACAUUGUCAUGCUCCCAUGGCUUGCCAUGGGUCACAUAUACCCUUACUUUGAAGUAGCCAAGGUUCUUGCUCAAAAGGGUCACUCUGUCACCUUCAUCAAUAGUCCCAAAAACAUUGACCGCAUGCCCAAAACUCCCAAAAGCCUUGAACCAUUCAUCAACUUGGUGAGGUUACCCUUGCCACACAUUGAGCAUCUCCCAGAAGGAGCAGAGAGCACCAUGGACAUUCCCACAAACAAAGGCUGUUUCCUUAAGUUAGCCUAUGAAGGGCUUCAAGAUGCUGUUGCUGAGAUUCUUCAAACUUCAAAGCCUGAUUGGGUUCUCUAUGAUUUUGCUGCUGGAUGGUUGCCACCUAUAGCUAAGAGCCUCAACAUCCCUUGUGCUCAUUACAACAUAACUCCAGCUUGGAACAAGUGUUUCUUUGAUCCACCAGAGCAUGUGAAGAAGUCAAAUUUUAGCAUUGAAAACAUUUGUGGCCCUCCCACUUGGGUUCCUUUCAAAACAACCAUUAAACUAAGGCCUUAUGAGUUCAUGAGAGCCUUUGCAGCUCUCAAAGAUGAGUCCACAGGAAAAUCAGCUUCCUUUGAUCUCAAGAAAGCAUAUUCCAGCUGUGACUUGUUUCUUCUCAGAACCUCCAGAGAGCUUGAAGGGGAAUGGCUAGAUUAUCUUGCUGAUACCUACAAGGUGCCUGUGGUUCCUGUGGGGUUGCUUCCACCAUCCAUGCAGAUAAGAGAUGAUGAUGAGGAAGAGAAAAACCCUGACUGGGUUGAAAUCAAAGCAUGGUUGGACACACAAGAGCCUUCAACUGUGGUGUAUAUAGGAUUUGGGAGUGAGCUCAAGCUGAGUCAGCAAGAUCUCACUGAGUUAGCUCAUGGAAUUGAGCUUUCUGGGUUGCCUUUCUUUUGGGCUUUGAAGAACUUGAAAGAGGGUUCACUUGAGUUACCUGAGGGGUUUGAGGACAGAACCAAGGAACGUGGGGUUGUUUGGAAAACAUGGGCACCCCAGCUUAAGAUCUUGGCUCAUGGUGUCAUUGGAGGGUGCAUGAGUCACUGUGGUUCAGGUUCUGCAAUUGAGAAGGUUCAUUUUGGGCAUGUUCUUGUGACCCUGCCUUAUUUGCUGGAUCAGUGUCUGUUUUCAAGAGCAUUAGAAGAAAAGAAAGUGGCUAUUGAGGUGCCAAGGAAUGAACAAGAUGGAUCCUUUACUAGGGACUCCGUGGCGAAGACAUUGAAGUUAGCAAUAGUGGAUGAGGAAGGGAGUAUCUACAGGAAGAAUGCCAAAGAGAUGGGCAAGGUUUUCAGUUCUGAAGAUCUUCAUAAUCAAUACAUUGAAGAUUUCAUUGCUGCUCUCCAAAAGUACAGGGUUCAUUCCAAUAGUUAAGUAGAGUUCUUGUGUUAAUUUCUUCGCAUUGUACUGUGAAUUUUCUUUUGUAAUAAAGGUCAAUAUAGCACCUACCAAAUUCAACUUAAUCAACAUUUGUGGUUUUGCUUUGUUUACA